UGGGAAGUGGGCCCCCACGAAUGAGAGCUUAGAGCUUAUCCACAUUCACGUGUGUACGUAUAUUAUUCGUACUCGUGUCGAAAGCGUAUUAUUAAUCAGUUUAUUAUAUUGUUUGAAUGAUCACUGCUUCUGCUUCUCACUAGCUUAUAUAUAAAUAUAGCUUGUGCCCCCAAAACCAAACAGACAAUACCAACUUCAGAAAUAAUUCACCAACUUAUAACAAAAGCACUUUUCAUUCAAGAAUGCAGAUGUUCGCAAGCUAUUACUCAUCAGAUCAAACUUUUAUUGGCGGCGUGCAAGAUUUCUGGUCAUCUUCGUCUUCACCUGAGGCGGCGGCGGCGCCGCUCAUUGAAUCUUCCAGCUCCGACAACGGAAGCCCCUGCUCGAAACCCCAUUUUUCUGACGACGAAGUGAUUUUGGCUUCCAACAAUCCGAAGAAGCGGGCUGGUCGGAAGAAGUUCAGAGAGACGAGGCACCCUGUUUACAGAGGAGUGCGUCGCCGGAACUCGGGGAAGUGGGUCUGCGAAGUUAGGGAGCCCAACAAGAAAACCAGAAUCUGGCUUGGUACUUUCCCCACCGUCGAGAUGGCGGCGCGUGCCCACGACGUUGCUGCGCUGGCUUUAAGAGGGCGGUUGGCUUGCCUGAACUUCGCCGACUCUGCUUGGAGGCUGCCGGUGCCGGCGUCUGCCACUGCCAAAGACAUCCAAAAGGCGGCGGCAGAGGCGGCGGAGGCUUUCCGGCCUCAGUUAUAUGAUGACUCAGAGUCGGGAAACGAAGCAAAGGAGGAGGAAACCCACGAAGCAAAGGAGGAGGAAACCUGCCACGAAGCAAGAGAGGAGGAAGCCGCUACAGUUCCGGCGGCGGCGGUGGAGGAAAACGCGUGGUUUAUGGAUGAAGAAGCGUUGUUUGGAAUGCAUGAAUUGCUCACAAAUAUGGCUGAGGGGAUGAUGCUGCCUCCGCCUCAGUACACUGAUCAAGUGGAAGCUGAUGCUGACGUGUCUUUAUGGAGUUAUUCCUUUUGAUUUUUCACAUACAAAAGAAUAAAAAAAAAUGUUUCUAGUUUGAAUUAGUUAGGUUUAGCUGGUCAAAAAUUUUGUUUAGAGAAUUCUUUAAUCAUCCGUACUUAAUUUUUUUGUAGUACGGUAUAUAUAUAUAUUGGGGGGUGCAAUUGCAACCCCCUUGAUUGGUAAAUGUGAAAUAAGAAUAUACAAAAUAAUCAAUUCAAAAACCUGAGAUUCAGAUAACAGUACACAAAGUAACUACUAUUGUCAACAUUUUCAAGAAUAAGGAAAACCUGUAAGCAUAGUCAAAGUGGAAAAUGAGACAACUAUUCAACCUCAUCAAAUCUAUUCAGACAAGAAAGAAACCCACAACACUAUCAAUUGUGAGCAAAAAAAAAAA